GAGAGAGAGAGAGAGAGAUGGGUGCAUCGAGGGCUCUUUUCUUGGUUUUAAUUGUCUUGAUGUGCUGCAAUCUUGAAGGUUGUGAGGGUGCAUUCACAAAGGCUGUGGUCAAAAUGCUAAAUAAGGUGAACAGGGCUGGGCCAUAUGUCGGACUGGUCACUCCAACUUCAUCUGACCUCUACACACUUCUUGGGUCAUCAAGCUUCCGGCCUAGUGAUGCCUUCAAAUACAUAGACUACUCAGGGAGGAGAUUUCAUAUUGGAAGCAUUGAGGGGAAGAAGGUGAUAGCUGCCAUGACAGGAAAGGGCAUGAUUAAUGCAGCUACUGUUGCCCAGCUUCUGCUGACUUUGUUUGAUGUAAGGGCGCUUCUUCACUAUGGAAUGGCUGGCAAUGCAAACCCAGAUCUCAAUACAGGAGAUGUUACCAUCCCUGAAUUUUGGGCCCACACAGGCCUAUGGAAUUGGCAAAGGUAUGGAGAUGGGCCUGAUGAUGAACUAUCUCUAGAACCUGAUGGAGCGUUUACUAGAGAAAUUGGAUCCCUGAACUUUGCAGAUUUUAACAAUAAAACCGACAAGGAAGACACUCCCGAAAACAUUUUGAAUAGUGUUUGGUUUCAGCCCGAGGAUAUCUUUCCCACCGAUGGAAUUCCCGAGUCAAGUGAACAGAAGUUUUGGGUUGCUGUGGACCACCUUCUUUUCGAUCUUUCGAAGAAAUUAGAGGCAAGUGAAUAUAUCCCUUCAAUUUUAAAAUGAAACUCAACCUAGUCAACUCAGUUUAACUAGGCUCCAAUACUGAGUCAAACAUCCAGAAUCUGAUGGAAAAAUAAAAAAUAAAAAUCACCCAAGUUGUAAAUUGGCACCGUUGAAGCAAAUCAACUUCGAAAUUUUGAAAUCAAAUUAAUAAGAUGAAAUUUCGAAUUGAUUACUUAUAACG